UCUUCCACUCACAACUUUGGAGCGGAUAUAUUGAAUCGAAAGCUCAUGGUGGGGCUGACUGUCUACUCCCCUGUCGUGACUGAGAUGUGCACGCAUUCGAUGUGAAGAGAAGAGGACAAAAACGGACUCGACGGAAAACGAACGUAAAGAAGUUGACUGUAACAGACGCGGGUGAAAGCGUCGAUUUGUGAACUUCUCUUUGGGUUUUUAAAAAAAGUAACUCGAGAACAGAGCGGUGGUCGGUGAUUUCGUGUUGGUGUUUUUGCGCUUUUCCCCCCAUCUCUUCUAUGUAAAACUAUUGCAGCUGUUGAGUUUCAGACAAGCACAGCUGUGCUGGUACAAAGAAACGACUUUUCUCGGAGUAACUUCGAGCUGAGCGCAGUGGUUUAAAGUGUCUUAUUUUGUAGUUUGAUGUAAGUGAUUCCAGUGUACGGGGGUUGCACCACAGACGUGAAGUUGCUGUAAACAAUAGAUUGCACUCUAUUCGCUCACAGAAUCGCGUCCUCCAAUGUGAUUCAUUCUAAGGCACAUGGAUUUUUACGAAAUUCACAACAUGAGGUGGAGUUUGGGCGUCUUGCUUUUUCUUGGACUUGGCUAUAUCGUCAACGGUGACGAGGCCAAAACCAGUCCUAAUGACUUCUCUUGUCAACCCGGCUGGCAACGGCUGCACCGAGGAUGCUAUCAAUUCCACGAAGAAGGGCUGACUUGGGAGGCAGCAAAGACAGAGUGUAGCAACGGCGCCGUGAGAGGCCAGCUCGUGUCCAUUCAGAGCUUGAAAGAGAAGGCUGAGCUGAUGACGUACUUGAGCUCGACCCACGCUCGUGUCAAAAAGUGGUGGGCAGGAAUUCCUAAGAGGAAAAGUCACAGAGACGCCUGGAAAUGGACACAGGGGGAACCUGUUGACGACUCGGUCACUCAAUGGGAGAAACCCAAGUCUAAGAAACGUAGAGGGAACUAUUGUGGAGGCAUCACAUCUGACACGGCAGACAUGAAGAUCAUUGUGGACCGCUGCACAAGAUCCAAGCCUUUCAUCUGCGAAUACCAUGACAUUACACCAAGACCCACCGUCGAUAUAACUACCACGGAUGGUGGGAUUGUAGACGCAGUCAGAGGUACAGAUGGUGCCAAAGACGUUUUCAAGGAAUCCAAACCAACACGUAACAUACCUUCAACUCGGCCUGUGGAAAAUGAAAAGGAAGAAAGAAUCGUCGGACUUGCUGAUAGUUCUACGGAUGUUUCGUCCCUGAAGUUCCCUACGGGAAACGGUCGCCAAGGUACCAUCACAACUCAAAGCACCAGCGCUUCCCCCAAAACGUCAACUUCGAAGCUUAUUGAAAGAGCUGAAGUUUCCCAAAAAGAGGUAACGCCUAAGUUCAAAGAAAGUUCCCGAGCCACACCUUCUUCACCGAGCACAGAAAGUACCUCAACGACAGCAACAACGACAACAACAACAGCAACAACAACCGCAGCAACAGCAACAACAACAACAAUAACAACGUCUGAAGCAUCCAGGAAUACCCGCGAUGACUCGUACAGCUCUCACGGCAAAGGAAUGGAACUUCCCCACUCAGCGUCUGUGGAGGAUCAGGCUACAACAGCCAGUGUUCGGAGGGGGUCUGUGGGCAGGUUCAGCAGCUCAUCAGGAAGGUCUUCCAAGAAAAUGACAACGUCACGCCAGGAAACGACCCAAGCGCUUGGUUUAAUUGGAGGGAUUUCCUCAAGCAUGGAGACUAUGAGGUCCUUUACCGAUAUGAAAAGCACACCUCCGAAAGUUGCGGCGUCUUCAAGCACAACUCACGCCAUAUCCAGCAGUAGCGAAGUGCCUGUUCCUAUGACACCCUCCCAGGUCUUUUCCGAGGACAGAGAUUAUGCAGGUAUAACUACGACUGACCUCACGAACCCAGGAAACAACAACGACAACAACAACAACAACGACGACGACAGCAGUACCAGCAGCAACAACAACAACAACAACACUGAUGAUAUAACAGACGUACGAGAGGUGGAGACCUCAACUUUGGAUAAGAAGACUACAGGGGGAGAGGUCGUGUCCCCUCAAACUGACCAGCCGGACACCCUGGAUAAGUGGACCGACCCAACGUUUCCGACGACGCCAACUGCCGUGCCGGAGACGGAGGACGAGGAGCCGGCAGUUGGGCGGGUGAAGGAGCGAAAAGAGGAGGGGGACGGACAGAGUAUAGUGGAGGAGGACGACGAAGAGGAAGAGGUUGAGGUGGAUGUUACAGAGAGUAGCACAAAGAGGAGUUCAGCGACAACCAGAGGUUCAACAAGGACUGAUCCCUCUACGACUUCCACAUCCCGAAAGACGAAACCUACCCGCACCACCACAAUAGUGUGGACUCGUCCGACGCCCCCAAGACCCACUACUGUGAACUGGCAUGAGGAGUUCGAGGACUGGGAGGAAUGCUACAUCCCGGGGGUGGGCAGCAGCCUCAAAGACACUGUUCUCAAAGCCAGACGUCUUUACGAUUCUGAUGCCAGCGUGUGUCCGGAGGUCAAAGUCGGAAACAUCGUUUGGCCAGAGACUGAGUUUGGGCAACUGAGCCGGGUGAAGUGUCGACGUGGUGAUGAAUGUUGUGCAAGCAGGCUCCAAUCUAGUGUCCAGCAACAAGUCCGCUCUCUGGGAGGAAAUGACGACAGAAGAUAAGGUCAGAUCCGCGUCAUCGCUGCUCGUUGCCAUGGAGACGGCAACAGUUGCCAUGGCGGAUGAAAUCGAGGAAGAGACGGUUAUAAAACAGAAAGAUGAAAACAUAGAACUUGAACUUCGAGUUGUGGACGUGGAGACUCUGGAACAAGAAGACAAACAAGAACUGGUCUAUGGCUCUGAGCAGUCGGAAAACACCUUCUCUAUCCCCGUGGAAACCCUCAAGAGUGUCAGCAAAGGAAAGCUAGCCAAAGCUGUCUUCAUGACCCACUACUCUAUGGCCGAUAUCAUGGGAGGCAGGAAAAGAGGACAUAAGAAAGCUAAAGGCAAAAAGAUGCCCUCAGGAUCACCUCAUGAUGAUCCGGAGGUUGUGCGCGUGGGUUCUGUAAAGGAAAGGAAGACAGAGAUGGACACAGACCAGGUGUAUGAAGAAGAAAGCAAUGAAGAGGUGGAGGAGGAAGAGGAAGAAGAAGAGGGUCCCAAGAUAGCCAGUUACAUCCUAAGCGCCUCUCUUGGUGUAGAUGGUCACAUUAUGAAGCUUCCCAAACCUAUCUCCUUCACAAUGAAACACAUUCAGCUGGUGGACGAAAAGGAAUACAUUCCUCUUUGCUCUUUUUGGAACGUCAGUGAUGGCGACCGCAUGGGUUUCUGGUCUCAGGACGGUUGCCGUGUGCUCCGCUCCAACAAGUCCUCCACUACCUGUGAGUGUGAUCACCUGACCAACUUUGCCAUCCUCCUUGAUGUCCAUGGAGUGAAGAUAACAUCGGUUCACCAAACAGCCCUCCGGCUCGUCACCAUCAUCGGCUGUGUCAUCUCCAUCAUUGCCCUGGCCGCCAGCUGGGUCACCUUCCAAUGUUUCGCUUCUCUGCAAGGUGAGAGGAAUUCUAUCCACAAGAACCUGGCGGUAUGUCUCCUUGUGGCUGAGCUGCUGUUUGUCUGCGGCAUUGACAAGUACGAUGAGCCGGCACUGUGCUCUGUGGUUGCCGGGUUCCUCCAUUACUUUUUCCUGGCGACGUUUACAUGGAUGUUUCUGGAAGGGCUCCACAUCAUCUUCAUGCUGGUUCAAGUCUUUGAUUCCUCCCGCUCAAGGCUGCCUUACUACUACAUGGCUGGAUACGGUAUGCCUUUGGUGAUCGUUGGAGUGUCGUGCCUGUAUUAUUACCGUGGAUAUGGAACUGACAGCUUCUGCUGGCUGAGUACGGACAGAUAUUUCAUCUGGGCAUUUGCUGGACCUGUGGCAUUGAUUCUUCUCGUUAACGCCAUCUUCCUCGUCUACGCCAUGACCACAGUGUGCCGACACUCUGACUACGUGUUCAACGCUAAGGAUAAGUCCACCAGCAGUGGCAUCAGAGCUUGGGUUCAGGGAGCACUGGCUAUGGAGGUUCUGUUGGGCCUGACCUGGAUGUUCGGCUAUUUCCUGAUCAAUGACAACAGCAUCGCUGUGGCCUACGUAUUCACAAUACUCAACAGCCUCCAGGGGCUCUUCAUCUUUUUCUUCCAUUGCAUCCUGAACAAGAAGGCCCAGAAGGAGUACAGGCGAGUGAUGAAGAUCACAGUGAAGAGGACCCCAAGCACCACUCAGUCCACCCUCACCAAACGAACUGGACACACCAGUGACCACCAGGAACUGAACCAAAGCACCAGUGCGAACAGCAACAGCAACGGACAUGCUAAUGGGGUCAACGGGGUCAACGGGGUCAACGGGGUCAAUGGAAACCACUCUAUGGCCUGAGGAACUGAGGGAAACGUAAAAUACAUGCUACAAAUAAGGCAUGAUAUUGUUUACGUUGACUAAGAGAACAGAAGUCGAAAUGUACCACCUUCAAAUGUUGUAGCCAGCUCCAGAUAGGAUUGUCUCUUUCAAAGCAAAAAAUGAAUAUUUUUCACACAGGAUUAGAACUGGCACAACACAGCCAAGUGCAUCAGGGGCAUCUUGAUGUUUUAAAAAUUGUUUAGUUUCCAUUCAAAUAUUAAAAAUUGUUGUCUUUCCUUAAUGUAAAAGAUAGAUGCGGAACGAUAUCAGUAACUUAAGGCUACUAUUAACCCUGUGCCCACUGUUUUAACCUCACUUUCGAUUAUAUUUCUCUUGGUAAGUUACCCAUUUCAGGAUGGUUUGUAACAGCUUUGAUGUGCAUUAGAAUUGUAUUUUCAUCCCGAAAAAGAAUACAUUCUAUAGUAUACUACAAAGAAUGUUAGCUUUAAUUCGUUCAGUUAAGACCAAACCCAUAACUUUUUUUAGUAUGUGUAUAUCAUCCCAUGGUAGCCAUGAUCACCCAAGUACAUUGUCAUGUGAAGAAAUGUUUCAUUCUAUUUAAAAAACUUAUCCCGUUGUUUCUUUUUGGAAAUUUGAAAGACACUUCUUAGACUUAGAGACCAGCGUAUGUACUCGUAGUCACAUGGUGAAGCCCUUUACUUUUGCAGGCAGAAGAGAUGAUUUUGAUUCCUUAGCGGGGAAGUUUUUUGAUCAAGUACCUCUGUCUCUUCACUGAGAUGCUAGGCGAUAUCCCGCUUAGUCCUUAUUGCCCCUAACAGACAAGGCCAAAGCAGCCAACCUCUUAAAUGAUAUAAAUUGUGUCUAUGGGAGGAGUGAGACAUUCACAAUCAUUACAAGCAAUCGCACAUUUUAAUGCAAAUUUUACAAUAACAUGCUAUAUGAAGUUAGCUUAUAAGAUUGCUAGUUUUUGUGAUAAGAUUAUAAGAUUAGUUUUUGCAAGAUUUGGCAGAUUAUGAACUAACGUUUAUAUAUGUGUGUGUUAUUCACGUUGCUUAAGUCACACACAUCUCUUUACAAGCUGAAACACCAAAGACCUGAAAUGGUAGCAAAAAUUCCUCUGUAUCCUAAAAUUUUACUUUUUUAGGUUUCCUGUUAACAUUUAAUUUGCGUAAAAUGCUGUAUCUUAACUAAUCUAAACAUGAAAUUUAGAAAAGUAAAAAUAUUCAAGUGCUUUGAAUACUACGAAGCAAAAAAAUGCACAUAAUUAUUAUUAUAUUAUAUGCAGCAAAAUAUAUGUACAAUCUCAAAACUGCACAAUGCUUGAACUGUUUCUAAAUGAGGUUCUUUUUAUUUCACACUGUUUUCAUUUCCUUGCAGAGUGUAUGCCUCUUGACAUAUAUUGUUAUCAUAUCUUUUGCUGCGUAAUAUUUUCCCCAGCUUGACAUGUUUUUAACAAGACAAUCCUCGUUGCUCAUGAACGAUAUAUUUCUUCUACAUCUGAUUGCCAUUUUACUUCACCCAAAGCAAUUUUUAAUUUCUUUACUGACCAAACAAGAGACAUACAGAGGAACAUUUAUCCAGGGAUCAAACUUUGUUUUAGUAUUGAUAAACUUUUAAAAAAUUGAUGCUGCAAGGUAAAAACAUCAGUCGCCACCAAAUUUUAUUAUUAUGAACGUGUAAGGGUGUUUUGUGUGAGCAGGCGAGAGAAUGCGCAAGAGAAGGAGAGAAUGCGCAAGAGAAGGAGAGAGAGAGAGAGAGAGAGAGAGAAAGAUUGUGUGUUUGUGAUUUACAUCAAUUAUGUACAGAUUAACUGACUGACAGACAGACACGCAGAGAAACAGAGAGGAAAUCAAAGAAGGCAGGGAUUGUGUUAUCAUUUUGAAAUGCGAGUACUUUGGGAAUCUGACUAAGAAUUUCCCAGGAGGAGUGAGGAGAAGAUAAGUAUCAACACAAAGCAAGCAAAGCAACAGAACCAUAAAUUACUUAAGAAUGGAUUGAUGUGCAGGCUGUGCGGGUAUUUUCUGCACCCAUUUGCCAACUACCUUUUGAGAAGAUUUUCUUUCACCUUCGGACCAGGCACUUUAGCACCAUUUCAAGAUGUCUGUUAUCAUACUUUUUUUCUGUGCUUGUAAAGGUGCACACAACUGAGUCUCCGAAUUAUAAAUUAAAUACAUGUGAAACCAAGCCAUCAUCGACUCCGGAUUUUUGGUUCGUUAAAAACCCAGUUUGAACUUACAAAAAGAUUCUAAAUAUAGAAAAAUGCACAACAACAAUAAAGCACAAAUGUCGAUAGAUUGACUGUUUUAUUAUUAGACUAAAGUGAUAAUUUUGAUAAACGGAAGUCCUUGUGUCAAAUUAUCUUCUGUCCAAAAGUAACGAAAGUUACAAACAUGUAAUAAAAAGGGAAACACUGGCUUUAUCGGCAAUCUUGACUUAAAUUUUUUGAGGGGGUCGCAAUCGGAAAAAAUCUAUCAUUCGAAAAGUAUUUAAGGUAUCUACCUAAUUUUUGGUACAUUGAUAGCUGAAACAUUAUUCUAAUGAAUAAAGCUCUGAGUUUUUAAAAAGACCAAAAUUAAAUGGUUUUAUUACAGAUUUUAUCAGCUGCCACUCUCCAUCUUUUUUGUGGUUGAAAUGUUUCCCUAAUUUGAACCUUGAUUCUGAAAAACUUUCUUUUCCUACAUCAAAAAUGCCAGUUUUAUCCACUAAAACAGCCACAGUAUGCUACAAAAUCGCAUAAAAUACCCAUUUGGUGCCAUUUAUAACCUUAUGAUAGAUUUUUAAAGAAAUGUAUACAUUUUCUGUACAUGACAUUCCAAUAUGGCAGCCGUUACCAUAGCAACACAACAUUUUUUUCAAAAUUUUACUUCUGGCCCAAUUCUCCACUCUAUUUAUGUUGAUGCUACCAUAUUUGUAAGCUUAGUUUCUUCUUAUUAAUGAAUUUCAAAAUUUCCCCCGCAUCAUGCCUUAAAAGAGGAAUGCGACAUUUUGUAUACUUGAUAUUAUUAUUAGAAGUAAGGAAUUCAGACAACAGUGUCACCAGAUCAACCAAUAAUACUCAGAUGGCUAUUUAAGAUUUCUGGUGUAUGAAAAUGUAGAGUUUCCUUUUUGUUAAAGAAUCGAUUCAUCUAAAGAAAAAA